AAACCCUGGGCGCCAUUGGCACACGUAUCAAGCACUCAUAGGUUAUGAUUCUCUUCCUUCUGUUCUGUUAACCCUAACGGACUUCACCUAUAUCGAAGCACUCUCUCUCUCUCUCUCACUACUAAUAUACUCACAUGGCUGCUGCUACUGCCCGUAUCAAUUUAAAUACUCAGACUAUCAAACCUAAACGGCGUCGUUACCGUGAAACCACCAUUACUGCCACCUCCGCCGCCUCAGAUUCCGACGCGCUUUCUUCUUCUUCUUCGGCUUCUGAUAUAUUGAGUCAGAGUGAGUUAAGUCAGGGCCGUACGCUUGACACUGCAACUGUUGUAUCUUCUGAGAACUCCUGGUGUUGCUCGGCUGCAACCGCGAAACACUCCGCCGCGCCGCCGCCGAUUUCUGCUUCGUCGUCGCCGGUGCAGUUACAGUCGGAUCUCAAGAUCCGGUACUCGCCGAGUGCAUUGCCUAACGUUAUGGAUUCCUUGUCCACCGCCUCCUCGGUAGUAUACGGCGGCGCGCACGCCGGCUCGCCGGCCUACCACGACGCGUUCCCGUCGUCUUUUAGCAAAUUCAAUUCUGCGCUCACGGCCGGCCUUCUUAAUCCAAUGUCGCCUCCUCCUCCUCCUCCGGGGGAUAAGGCGCGGGCGAGCCCCACGCUUUUCGAGAUGAUGGCGAGCGAGCCGGAUUGCCUUCCCAGAACGGCUCCGGCUCCGGUUCCGGCUCCGCAGAUUCAAUACGGCGUCACUUCUGCCCAAAAUCAGAAGCCCAGCUCGGCGCCAGUACUGGACAAGCAGGCCUUAAUGCAACAGCGGCUUUUGGAUCUUUUGGCCUGUCGAAGUCCUGGAAAUCAGUUCAAUGAUUCUGCCUCCAGUGACGUGAAGCUUACCUUGAGCUCAAAGGAUGGCUUAAGCGUUUCAAUGAAUGUUCACCGGCAGAUCUUACUCGCCCAUAGUCGGGUUUUCGCCGUGAAGUUGUCGGAAAAAUGGGCUAAGCAGCAGCACCAGAAGAAUUCAGCUCCAUACAUUGUAGAGAUUGCUGAUUGUGAUGACAUUGAGAUUUAUAUUGAGACUUUGAGGCUAAUGUAUUGCAAGGAUUUGAGGAAGAAGCUCAUGAAAGAAGACGUUCCUAGAGUCCUUGGAAUAUUAAAGGUUUCGGCUGCAAUUGGGUUUGAUGCAGGGGUUUUAUCAUGUUUGGAGUACUUAGAGGCUGCCCCCUGGGCUGAGGAUGAGGAAGAAAAGGUGGCUUCAAUGUUGUCUGAGCUUCGUCUUGAUGGAGUUGGAGCUGGGGAAGUUUUAAAGAGAGUUUCUCUUGACACUAUGGGCGGGACACAGGAUGGGUCUGGUAAUGAAGAAGUGCUUCUCAAGUUAUUGCAUGUAGUUCUUGAAGGGAAGGAUGAGAAGGCAAGGCGAGAAAUGAAAAGCUUAGUGUCGAAAAUGCUGCAUGAGAAUUCAUCUCAAAGUGAUUUGAGGAAGGAGUCUCUGUAUUCAGCUUGUGAUGCAUGUUUGCAGUUACUCCGCCACCAUUUUUUUAGGGCAGCAAAGGGAGACUUGAAAGAAGCUAGUCAGAUUUCUCGGCAGGCUGAUAAUUUGAAUUGGAUUUUGGAUAUUUUGAUAGAUAGACAGAUUGCUGAAGACUUUUUGAAGACUUGGGCUUCUCAGUCUGAAUUAUCUGAGGCACAUUGUAAAGUGCCUGCUAUUCACAGACACGAGGUUAGCAGAGUUACGGCAAGGCUGUUUGUUGGUAUUGGGAAAGGGCAACUGUUAGCUUCCAGGGAUACCAGGUGCUUGCUACUGCAGACAUGGUUGGUUCCAUUCUACGAGGAUUUUGGAUGGAUGAGGAGAGCAUCGAAAGGCCUUGAUAGGCAUUUAAUUGAAGAUGGACUCAGCAGUACAAUUUUAACUCUACCUAUGGCUUGGCAACAGGAAAUUUUAAUGGCCUGGUUUAAUCGGUUUUUGAACUCUGGUGAUGACUGCCCAAAUAUUCAGAGAGGAUUUCAGAUCUGGUGGAAAAGGGCUUUCUGGAGGCGGAAUGGUGAGGCUGAGCGGCCCUGUCAAAUGCGCGUUGUGACUGCAGCAAUUGAAAACAAAUGAAUUUCACUGCUCAAUGAAAUGAUGAUGGGGGUUGUGGUCAAGAUGUGAUUAUUAUUUCAAUUCUUGCUACUUCUACAUGGCCUUCAAAUGCGCGUUCUGAGACAGUAUUGAAUUGGCUGUGCAAAAUUUUUCAGGGAUGUUAUUGUUGCUAUUCAAUAAAUUCCCACGAUUGAUCUGGUAGAAGAAAGACAGUGUUCUUUGCAAAUGAUAGUGAACGAAGAGAGAUUGAUUCUGUUCAGAUAUUGACCUUUCUCUUUCACUAGGUUUUGGAAUCAGUUUUUAGGCCUAUUAGAGGUUUCCUUCUGUUUGUUUAAAUUUGAGCAUAUUCUGAAUUCAGAGUUUUCCUCUUGAAGAUAGUUUUUGUAUAUUAAUACAUGAGUAAUAUAGAUCUUGGCCUCUUGGGGAGACAGUCAAGUCAAUCUUGGGUAAGGUUUGUAAGUAUAUUAGAUAUUUAUCUGUUGUGAAAGUUCAGAAUGGUAAUCAUUACUUUUGAAGGUGACAAUGACAUACAUUAUGGCUAUUUAUGAAUUUAUCUAUAUGAGUUGUCUCAGCUUUAUGAAUGCAAUAUCUUCCCUCCCAA